AUGGCUACUCGAGUUGAUAGCAGAGGACAUGACCAUUUUGUUACCGAUAAGUCCUUUCACAAUCUCACCAGGGUGGCAUCAAAAAAAUUUUCUACCCUUCGUCAUCGUAUUUCUUCUCAUAAUUCAUACUUUGUUGAGCAAAGAACAUACGAUGACUUAGAAUUACCAAGAAUGGGUAAAGAAAACUUAUCAAGAGGAAAUGAUGAAAAUGAAAAUGAAACUAUUACUCAAGAAUUAUAUUCACAAGAACCAUAUUCUCAAGUGGCUACUGUUUUAUCAAACCAAGAAAAUGAACAGAUCUCAACCGAGAAACAACCUCUCAAACGAAAUACUUCUUUAGUAAAAGUCAAGAAUGCCGUAAAACGAUUGGCUUCUAUUAAUAAACAUGAAAGAAAGAGGGAUUCUGAAGCAUACCAUCAGGAUGGUAAAACAAAUCCUUUCGAAUAA